AACUAGUAACAAGGAAACUACCAUUUCAAUACGCGUAUUAAAAUGACGUCAGUUGUUAUGGCGCGCUUAAUUGAUUCUGCUUUCCUCAUGUUUUAUAAUGCAGUACUCCAAGCACGAAUUUACAUGCUGAGUUGCACUGCUGACCUUUCUCUCUACUAAUGGCUUCCUCAAAGUCAAAAGGUGUCGACGAACUUGUAGUUCUGUUUUCUGAUUUACGAGAGAAAUCGCUGAAGAGCGGAGAAACACUUGAGGCUGUUCGCUUGGAGUUUCUUCGAGAAGUCGAAAAGGGUUCUUCUAGUUUUUUUUCCAAGAUCAGAGAAAAACGGCUCUGGAUUUUCCUCAUCUUACCUGUUGUUAUGGCUGCGGCCUGUUACUAUUUUGACGUCGUCGAAUGGUUAAAAUUCAGAGAAGAGCCUUGCCUUUUGAAUGUGAACGAGAUUUUUAUCGAAGUAACGCGAAAGAAAACCGAUUGUUCUCUUGUGUGCGAAGGCCUAACAGAAGUGCCAAGGGUUUCAGACUUGUCGAAGGAGGAGUUUGUGACCAAGUAUGCGUACACUGGAAGACCAGUUGUUGUUAUGGAUGCGGCAAAGAACUGGUCGGCUACAGAAGUGUUUAACUUCACGUUUUUUAAGGAUCUCUUCGAGAAGAACAAAGACGCUUAUCGAGUAAACGAAGAAGAAUGCCAGUUCUUUCCAUACAGAACUGAGUUUAUUUCACUUGAAGAGGCAUUUAAUAUGUCCAAAGAGAGAUCGGAAUGGAAAGGCGAACCGUGGUACUUUGGUUGGUAAGUUGAGUCAAAGCCUUAGCAUUGACGUUUAAAGUUAAAAUACAAAAUACUCUGAAAAGUGAUGGGAAAGAAAAAAAUUGGUGGAAGUGAGAAAACAAAAGCUGGAAGCAGCUGAUCAUUUUUAAUUAAGAUUCAAAUCAGUUUCUAUUCAGUUGUUUAAAUGGUUUUCUAGACAAAGCAUAACCUAUGUUAAUAUAUAUCAAAUGAGAAUGAAGCCGAAAUUUUAAAGUCAAAUUCAUCUUCUGAAGUUGUGUUUGGUUAGUUUAGAGGGCUGUCAUGACACAGCUGUCUAAUGAUAUCCAUUUAAUGCAGCUGGAAAACGAGUUGAUUAGUUGAGUUGCGAAGUGAAGUGAAAUAUACACAUACCCUAUAGAAAUCUACCAAAUGAAUCAAUCAAGAAAAAAAAUUCAAUCUAGAAAAAAAUUCAGUAUGUUUUUUUUAAAGAAAACGUUUUAUGCCAUAAUAUUUUCAGGAGUAACUGUGAUGCAGCAAUCAGACAAGAAUUGCGUACUCAUUAUCAAACACCAUAUUUUUUGCCAAACCAAUCAGAGACCAGUGAACAGGAUUGGAUCUUUAUGGGUGGACCUGGUCCUGGUGCUCAAAUUCAUGUAAGUCACUUCAUUAAGAAAAGAACAAAGUAAAAUAAUAAACCCUGUUGUUGGCAUUCAGAAAGCUUGUUGGUUAAAAAUGAUGAAACUAACAAAACUAAAUCAGGGAUGUCACGAAGACUUCUUGUUGCUGGAUAUGUGCGAUUAGUAGGCAGGGAAUUGAACAAAAGUAGCUAGGGGGCACACUCAUAACAGCCAAAGGAAAUCUCCAUCUAAGGACCUUUAGAGACAGUCCCUGCUAAAUGAACCCUCAAGUCCCAAGAUGGUGUCUGAAUCUAAAAGCAAAUUUACCUCUUUGUCUUCUGCUGGAUUGCUCUGAUUCCAUUAUUUGUAUGUGUGAAUAUUUUAAACUUAUACUAAUAUUAUUCUUCAAAACUCCCACCAACAUAUAUUGUAAAACUGGCUAUAAUGUGUAAAUUUUUACGUAAUUAAUUGUUCUCUGUAACUUUUGCGAACACCAUAUUGUUUCUACUUUUUGUAAUGUCAGUGUAUUUGCCUAUGCCCCACCUAGAAAUCAGCUUUUGUUGUGUGUGGCUUAGCGUAGUGAUUUGUUGAGUGAUUGAUAAAAUUGGAUUGAAACUGCGGCAGUGACAAGGACGGUCACAAUAAUAGUAAAAAAUAGCAAUAGGAACAUGGCUUUCUCCUCAAUAAUGCCAAAGAAAGUUUGACUGUGUAGGGGUUGGGGACAGAAGUGGUUCAGUGGACUUUCUCUUGAACAGUUUUUUAACUUUCCCUCUUAUUGUACCAUUAGGUUUCUCAAGGAUAAAGUUAUCGCUGGUUUUAUAUACACAGGAAAGAGACUGUUCAGUCUUAAUAUAGCCUUGUAUGGGCACACACAAAUGGAAGGAAAGAUAAUUUUUAUGAUCAACACAAUCAAUCAUGCAGCAUUGUUAAAGGCACUUUGCAUUAAUAUAUUUUUCAUGAUUUUCUGCAGAUUGAUAGUGUAGACCGUCCAUCAUGGCAAGCUCAGCUGUCAGGCAAAAAGACGUGGACCCUCAUCCCUCCCCCAGAGUGUGAACAUGUUUGUCAGUCCAUGACAAUAACAAUAAACAAGGGAGAGAUUUGUAAGUCUGCUUCAGUUUUGAUACAGAUUUUCGGGAUAUUUUCUGCUUUAGAAAGGAAGAGGAGCGUAUGCUGUGAGUAAAUCCUGUGGCAGACAGUACAUGGAUGGACAAUAGGUUGUGCUGAAGAUACCUGUUUUGAGACCAUUUUUGUUUCAUGUUUAGAACCUGAACUUGAAAUAUAUGUUGUAGUUAAUUUUUUAUCUACAGUAAUUUUUAUUUUUCCAUUGUUUCAACUUCAUUAGCAUACAUUGCCAUAACCAAAAACAAAAGAAAAACAAAAAUUACCUGAGUUAAAAAAAAAUUGCAACAUAUUAGAUGAUAUACAAUAAAUGUACAAAAUAAUUAGGACAGACUUUGCAGGUGACAAUGUUUUGGUAGUUUGAAAGACUGAAAAAUACAAGACCUACACAUUACCUACACCACAGUGCAAUAGUCAACCAACAACAGAUUUGCAUUAACAAGGCAAAAACCCCUUCCCUGCCUGACCCAUACUAAAUGGGACACAAAAUUAUGUUGUUCAAUAUGUCAGCAUGUUAAUGGUACACACUCAUGUGCCAAAAUAUUGGUAUACAAACAUCCUUUGCAGCAUGCAAAGAAAGUAGUGCCCGAUACCCCAGGGCUAGUGAAUUUUGCUAUCGGGCAAGUGAAUAUUAAUCUCAACUUGCCCGAUGGGCAAGUGGAAUUUUUUGAGAAAUUCAAAUUACAGAAGAAAGGUAAAAUCAAUUCUGCUCAUCAAAACGUUUUUGGGGCUAGUUCAAAUGACGUUUCGGCUAGUAAAUGCUACCUUCAGCUUGCCCGAAUGGUAAGCUGUAAAACUGACUUUCUUUGCACCCUGGUUUGCCUUUUACAGCUGUAUCUUAUGUAUUCUACGAGAUCAAAGGUCACUUCUCACAGAGUAGCCUAUUUAUGACAUUUUUCAAUGCCAAGUGUUAACUGUUUUGAUUAUGUGAUUGCAUUGUUUACUUCCAGUUAUUGUCGACACAAACCAGUGGUAUCAUGCAACCAAGGUUCUGCCAGGAGACCUCAGUAUUACAAUUGGAGCAGAAUAUGAUUAGAAUAAAUCAUUUAAAGUGAAAAAUUCAUUAAAGCAAUUAAUAAUAUUUUCUUUAGAAAAUAUUAUACAAGACCAUGUGAUGUUAAAGAAUAUUUUAGUAAAUUAAUAGUUUUGCUCUCAACUAACAUCACAAUUUAAAAAGUUUUUCCAAAUCUAUUACAAAUUCCAGAAAACAUCCAUGCUUCCCU